AUGUCCUUCUACAACCCACUCAGCAUCAUGGCUGCGGAUGCUGCGGAUGCUCUCCUCCCGCACCGCAUCCCCGGACCAUGCCUGCUGCCCCUGCUGCUCCUGCUCGCCUCCACUCUCCCUUCACCGAGCCACGGACUGCUGGGCUUCCGACCGGAGGACACGGGAAAAGAUCUGUCCGUGCAGGACGGGGUGCUAAAGGCCACUGAAGGGACGCGGUUCAUGUUACGCGUGUACUAUGCAGCAUCUCCACAGAGGAUCAACCGGACCGUCAGCAGCGCAGCCGCACCGUGGAUCGCCUUCAUCGAAGAACCGGAGCCGGGCAGAGAGGGGCAGGUGCACCCCAAACGCAACUUAUGUGUGGAGGAGAGCGCCAGGAGCUCGGAUAUUGAGCUUCUUGGGUCAUUCAAGUCAGCCUCCAGCCAAAACUCCAUACUGGUGGAGCUUCUCGCCAAAGACCUCCGGAGAGGAGAGAACAUUAAGUAUUUCUCCAUGUGCGCCUUUGACGGGAUCAAAUGGGAGCAUUACCGGACACGCGAUUUCUGGCUGGCGGUGGUGGAGCGGCCGCCGCAUGCGGACGGAUGGCUGCAGGCGGGUCUCUCGGUGCUGUUGCUCGCACUGUCCGCGCUUUUCAGCGGGCUGGUGAUCAGCAUGCUCGCGCUGGACCCGGUGGAGCUCAAAGUGCUGCAGAACAGCGGCACGGACAAGGAGCAGAAGUACGCGCAUAAGAUCGAAUCAGUGCGCAAGCAUGGCAACUAUGUCCUGUGCACCUUGGUGCUGUGCAAUGUGCUCACCAACACUUUCUUGGUGGUCUGGAUGUGCCAGAUCCUCGGAGUAACGCCCGUUUCUACUGCGGCGUGCACUUUUCUCAUCUUCUUCAUCGGAGAGAUCCUGCCGCACUCUGUCGCAUCCAGGCACGGCUUGGCAAUCGCGUCCAAAACCGUGUGGCUGACUAAGAUGCUGAUGCUACUGACUUUCCCCAUUACCUAUCCCAUCAGCAAACUUCUAGACAACAUGCUGCAUCAGGAAAUCAGCAACUUCUACACCCGUGAGAAGUUACUGGCUAUGCUGAGAGUCACUGACCCGUAUCAUGACCUGGUGAAAGAGGAGAUGAACAUCAUCCAGGGAGCUCUGGAGCUCAGGAGCAAAACGGUGGAAGAUGUGCUGACCCCUCUCAAUGACUGCUUCAUGCUGGCCUCGGACGCCAUCCUGGACUUCUACACCAUGUCGGACGUGAUGCAGAGCGGAUACACUCGCAUUCCGGUGUUUGAGAACGAAAGGUCCAAUAUUGUUGAUAUUCUGUUCGUCAAAGAUCUGGCUUUUGUUGACCCAGAUGACUGCACGCCGUUAAAAACCAUCACUCAGUUCUACAAGCACCCGCUGCACUGUGUGUUUAAUGACACCAAACUGGAUGCAAUGCUGGAGCAGUUCAAGAAAGGGAAAUCUCAUCUGGCCAUCGUACAGAGGGUCAAUAAUGAAGGAGAAGGAGAUCCUUUUUAUGAAGUCAUGGGCAUCGUCACUCUGGAAGAUGUCAUCGAGGAGAUCAUCAAGUCUGAGAUUGUAGAUGAAACAGACCUCUACACUGAUAACCGUACAAAAAGGAGAGUGUCUCACCAUGAAAGGAAACUGCAAGAUUUCUCCAUAUUUAAGCUGUCAGAGAGUGAAAUGAAGGUCAAAGUUUCACCACAGCUUCUGCUCGCCACACAUCGCUUUCUGGCCACAGAAGUCGAGCCUUUUAAGUCCACUCAUCUGUCAGAGAAGAUCCUCCUGCGACUGAUAAAGCAUCCGAGUGUUGUGCAGGAACUUAAGUUUGACGAGAAGAACAAGCGCUCACCAAAACACUACCUCUUCCUGCGUAACAAGCCUGUCGAUUACUUCGUCCUCAUACUGCAGGGUCGAGUUGAGGUCGAGAUCGGUAAAGAAGGUUUGAAGUUUGAAAAUGGUCCAUUUACAUACUACGGUUUACCUGCCGUCAUGACCAUCCUGCCCACAGUCCAUAGAUCCCCAUCCCGGAGCAGCGGUCUCAACCAUUCAGACACUACCAUUCAUGGAGGCAGUUUGGGUCAGUUGAGCAUCAGCGGAGGACCGUAUUUACCAGACUAUUCAGUUCGCCAGCUCACAGACCUACAGAUAAUUAAGAUCACUCGUAACCAUUAUCAGAAUGCACUGACAGCAACGCGCAUGGACAGCUCUCCACAGACCCCAGACGCAGAUAGUCAUGUGGCCGGAGAGAGAAUGACAAUCCCAGAGACUCGCUCCAACAGCAUCGCCCUCCCUCUGACCGAACCACGACCCUGUCUGACCCGCUUCCACCAACACAUCCACCUCUACAGACAACCAGACAGCACCAGCACCCUCAAUGAAAGGAACUGCAUUGUCCGAAGUAAGUCAGAUGGACAGAAGAGCCCCAGUGACUCUGUGUUUCUGCGAAUGGACGACAUCCCAUACAUAAGAGAGAGUCGAGUGGAGAGAAAAGAAGGAACUGAUGCUCCUGCUGGAUCGGUGGAGACAGAUCUGUCUACAUCCCAGCUCAUCAGUUCUCACUCUCUGGGCGGCUCGGAGGACAACCUCGGGAAAAAACUGCUGCGGAAACUGAGCAACAAAAAGAGAAAGAAGUCUCGAGACGGAGACAAACCUUUGGAAGACAAUCCUGAACCCUCACAGGUGAAGACCUAGCAUUCGGCGGAUGGGUUUGCUUCUCUCGCUCCCGCUUCUCCCACAAAAUGUGAAAUCUUCUCCAGCCUUCCUCUGGAUAUCGAGUGAGAGAAAGCACAACCCAUUGUACACAGAGACCAACAGAUGUAGCAUCAUUAAACCUUGCCUUCAGCAUUGAUGAGGCCAACAGGAAUACACUAUUGUUACACCAAACAUGCAGCAAGACCAACGUUUUUAUAAUUGAUGGCGGUUUGUGAUGAUGUCAUCAACAGUCACUGUGGUAAUGACAUUCUGACCUCCGAUCUGGGCAAAGCCAGCAAGCACAAGCCCGGAGACCUGAAGCCAACCGUCUGACCAAUGAGAGGACAGAUCAGAAAAUGUGCAUCUUUCAGUAGAAUAAUAUAUCAAACAACGUGUUUACUGUGUGAUUUUAUAUCAUAUUAAUGGAGAGGAAUUUGUCAGGCUGUGCCUGGAAAUCAAUCAAGAUGAAUUUAUGGAUAUCAAAGCACUUUGAGACAGAUCAGACCCAUUUACUUCAUAUUCUGUUGAAUAGCUAAUGUGCUGACAGAAAACAAAUACCUAUAUUAGGUAAGCGCUGUCAGAUUUUGUCCUUCUCUAAUUUCUGUUUUCAACAGAAUGCAUAUAACUUAUAUUCCUUAUAAUUUUGCUUUUAUUUUAGCCCUUCCGUUUGGCUGAGAGCACAGGGUACAAAGUGAUGUGGCUUGUAUUAUUUAAUCUAUUUUUAAAAAAUAGUCAGAGUGCUGGAAGUCCAAGCACAUGUAUUUGAGAAUAGAUUUAUUUGUCUAAAAUGAAUAGCAUUUAUUAUAUCAGCAUGCUUUUUCUCAAACAGCAGUAUUAUUGUUAUUAGAACAGCAUUGUGUUUACUGUAUGAAAUAUAGUUAGGAUAUGCGCAAGCCAUAACUUGAACAAACUUGAAGCAUUUAUAUUAAAAUGUCACCUCAGAAAUAUAAAUAUAUAUAUAUAUAAACCAUAAGCAAUAUCCAAAACACGCAAGAAGCCUAUUAUUUUGUUUAAAGCCCUUAUGAAACCGAAAAAUGAUAGAAUACUUAGUAAUUUGCUGCAAGUCGCUUAAAAACUCAUUCACAUUUCACUUCAUGGGAAUGCUGCUAUAUAUGUGAAUUUCAUCUUUUCAUACUUCCUGUAAAUUAGAGCCUUUUUUGGCACUCAUAUUUACACUAACGUUCAAAAGUUUAAGAUGGGUAAGAUUUCAUAAGGAAAUGAAUACAUUUAUUCAAUAGGGAUAUAAUAAAUGGAUUAAAAGUAAUGGCAUAGACAUUUCAAUUUCAAGUUAAUGCUGUUCUUUUUGUGUUAUAUGUAUACUACAUGACAAAAGUCUUGUCGUCGAUCCCAGUUGUAAGAGCAACACAUAAUAACUUAACUUCUUGUUGAAUCAUCUGUUGAAUUGCAUCCCAAUCAACACAAAUACUGCAGAAGACCUAUUGGAACCUGCAUGGACCCAAGAUUCUCACAGAAAUCAGUCAAGUUUGGUGAAGGAAAAAUCAUGAUUGGGGGUUACAUUCAGUAUGGGGGCAUGCGAGAGAUCUGCAGAGUGGAUGGCAACAUCAACAGCCUGAGGCAUCAAGGAAUUUGUGCUGCACAUUACAUUACAAACAACAGGAAAGGUCAAAUUCUUCAGCAGGAUAGCGCUCCUUCUCAUACUUCAGCCUCCACAUCAAAGUUCCUGAAAGCAAAGAAGGUCAAGGUGCUCCAGGAUUGGCCAGCCCAGUCACCAGACAUAAACAUUAUUGAGCAUGUCUGGGAUAAGAUGGAGGAGGGAUUAAAGAUGAAUCUAAAGAAUCUUGAUGAACUCUGGGAGUCCUGCAAGAACGCUUUCUUUGCCAUUCCAGAUGACUUUAUUAAGAAGUUAUUUGAGUCAUUGCAGAGAUGUAUGGAUGCAGUCCUCCAAGCUCAUGGGAGUCAUACACAAUAUUCAUUCUUUUCCCACUGCACCAUGAUUUUAUAUUCUAUACUCUACAUGAUUUCUGUUAAGUGACAAGACUUUAGUCUAAGCAAAGUCAGACUUUACUGUCCUAAUUAAAUAGACAUCAAGGCAUGAUCAUAUUUUAUUUUGGUAAAAUAAGGUAAUCUAGAGGACUUUGCCUUUCAUAUAAGCCACUUCCGAUACCAAAUGAUCAACUAGAAGUCAAGUUAUUAUUUGUUGUUCCUAAAACUUGGAUAGGCGACAAGACUUUUGUCAGGUGGUGUGCAUCAAAGACAAGCAGUCAUCACCUUAAAAUAUAUUAAAAUGACAAAAAUUACAGAUUUUGCUGCAUUUUUAUUAAACAAAUGCAUCUUUUCCGAACACAAAACUUUUGAAUAAUAGUGUACGAUUACUCACAUAACAGAAGAAUCUCUGAGCUGCCAUUACAGGUUCACUGCCAUGACCUUCCUUGCAUGAGAAACUAUAACCAAUCAGCUCAUCCCUGCCAACAGGUCACAUGAUUACAUUUUGCCAUGGGAUUAUACAUAGGAGGCUUGGGUGUGUUUUGCAUGAAAGGCUGUUUUUUACAGAGUAUGUCGAGUUAAUACCUCUAUCCUGCAUGCAUGCACUGGUGAUUUAUACAGACUGCUGUGCAACAAGCGAGACUCUUUUAGCCUGUAUGCUAACAGUGACCUAUGACACCACCAGGGAGUCGACACAAAGCACAAAGACUCAGGCUGGAAACCACUGGAUGUCUGUUUGUUUUCCUCCCACAUGACAUUGAGAUUUAUAGUAGCAAUAACCAAGAUAGCCCCUUUUAUAAAGUUGCUUUGCAUCUUGAUGAUGAUUUGGAGUGAACUGAAUGUGCCUGCUUGCUUUCAGGGCACACGGACACUUUGUGUUGUGCAAUACUGUGAGCUAAACCCACUGAAUGGAGAGCACAUGCUGAGAGAGAUAUUGAGAGAGAAAAAAGACAGAAAGAGAAGCAGCUUUUUACACGUCACAGUGCUGCAUUGCAGGGCAAUCCGAGUGAUGCAUGCUGACGUCUGUAUUUGACCCUCCUAGCAAACAGACAGUGAUUCACAUGCACAAAAUCCACUCAAACAACACAUUCGGUGAGCUAUGUAUUUAAGCCUUAAACUGCGGGUAUUAAAGAUGUGGAGAAAAUCCUCUCCAGCUCUUGCUUUCUGUUCAGCGGGUUGGCUAAAGGACAGAUGUAUGUUUCUACAGAGUUUACAAAGACUUCUAUUUGAAAACACCUGAGGAAUUAUGUAUGGAUUAUUUACAUUAAAAAAUACAUGCUCUUAUUAUGUAGGAUAUAAAGAGAAUAUCAAAUGCUCUAUUAGGUCUUGAUGUGGUAUUUUAGAAUGAAAAGUACCACUAGC